GACUAAAUGGGUUAAUGGGUAUGUUGCUGUAUAAGUUGGUAAUAUCAAAAGAGAUCAAAGUGAAAUUUCGUGGAUAUUUUAAAUUUCGUAAGGUGUCGAUCAAAUCGUAACGGUAGUCUGCUUUAAAUUGGAUAGUGUUUCUGAAAUAUUGUAUCAUGAAUUUAGCGAUGUUAUAUGUGCUACAAUUAACAGAUGAUAUAAUAGGCCUGAUAGGAAAAUUAUUUUUAUGCAGUUAAUUUCGAUCUGAUCACUAAUAAUUAUAAUCAGCGGAUUUUUUUCUAAUUGCGGUAUAAAAUUAAUCGCUCGACAUAGAUUAUCCUCAGUUCAAUAUUAAUCUUAAAUGGUAUUGCAUACAGUGUAUUUUUGUGUUCAAGUUUUGUAAUAAAUAAACAAGAUAAGAUAACUUAACUUUUACAGUUAAUUCAUGCAUAGAAUGUUCUACGCAAUCAAGAGGUGUUGAGAAAUCGAGUCCCUGACAUUUUGAAUUCGGAAUUGGAAACCGAAUCUUAAAAAAUCAGAAAAUUAAGGAGGAACGAUAAAUAUUUACUGUUUCGUGAUUACCGAGUUUUUAUUACUUUGGUUAAAAAACAUGUUGGGAUCAUUUACGAAUUACUUACUUAUUUUAAUGAUAAUUACUGGACAUAAUCAAAUUUCCUGUGAGAGUGUAGAUUUAUAUUGGAGAGAUUACAAUGGAACAAUUCCCUCAGAUGCGUACCCUGCAGGGAACGAUAUUUAUAUAGGCCAAACACUUAAUUUGCCAUACAUGCAAGUAGGAGGUCUUCUUCCUGGAGGGUUGUAUCCAGACCGACAUAUGGUUAUAGUUGAAGCACAUGGUAAAAGACAAGAACAUAACAAAAAUAUUAAAGUUUUAUGUACUUCUACACCAUAUUUAUUAAAAUGGAAAUGGAUCAAUACGCGUGACUUGAAACCUAAUUUGUCGGAGAAUUGCGUUAUAGGUGGAUAUGAAGGUGACCGUUUGCUGUUUAUUGGAAAAAUUUUUCACGACGGUGAAUGGAAAAUUGGAAAAGUAUUCCCACCCUCAAACGACCGCAAUGGAUUGAGAAUCUGGACUAAAGAGGGAAUAGCAUUUCGCACUCAAGAUUUUCAGAUAUUGAUGAGCGUUAAUCAAACAGAAUUAUAAAACAAAAUAAAACUUGCAUCAAUUCUC